CCGUCCGUCUCUAAUCCACCUGUCUGUUAUUACUGCACCAAUGAACGCCUCCACAUCCCACCUCUGGACAAAUGAUAAUUUCACACUUCCUAAAUAAUUCCAGUUUUGCUUUGCGCUGGUUCAACUGUCACCUUUCGUGACUUUUCUCUCCAUUGUCCCUGUGAAAGUUGCCCAGCAUGGACUGUAAGCGAGAAAAGGAGCAGGAUGCAGAGUGUGAGAAGAUAACUGCUGUGCUGCUAAAGUCACGAACCGGAGAAUUUGAUUUGGAAUCCAUACUGUUUCUUAAACUCAGGGGUCUUGGUAUACAUGACCUCGGAUGCAUUGGCGAGUGUGUAAAUUUGGAGAGGCUGGACCUAUCAGGGAAUAUUAUAUCAAAUCUUGGACCUCUAGCGUCUCUUCGGCUUCUGUCUGUGCUUAAUUUGUCGGCCAACAGAAUCUGUAAUAUAGAGCCACUUCGUAGCUGUGAAAAUGUACAAAAUUUGAAUUUAGCUGGUAAUUUUAUUUCCAGCACUGAGAGCCUACAUUGCCUUGUUCCUUUAAAAAAGCUAGAAAGCAUACGUCUGAAGGACAACACAUACAAUUACAGUAACCCAGUGUGCAGGAGCACUUCAUACAGAACUGUUGUACUUGAGAUGUUCCCUAACAUCAAAGUGCUGGAUGGAGAGAGAGUUGUUGGACGAGGAAGUGAAUUGUACCAGUUAUGCAAAGACAUUGAUGAGACUAUAAAGGCUGGUUCAUACAAGAACGGGCAGCUUAUUGAACAUCCUGAUUGCAAGCCAUGGGUAGAAGAAGGUUACUGGGAAAUAAAGCGAUCCAACAACGCCAUUAUUGAAGAAGCCUACAAACAGUUCAAUGAUGUUCUUCAUGAAUGCAGACUCCUGAACAACAGAGCCACUCAUGUGAUUUCCCAGACUGAGAGAUCCAUGAGCUUGAAAAAGCAGCCAAAGCAAUAUGCCAUCUGAACAGGGCUAUUUUGUACACACCUUUGUGCAACGUUCAGCAGCCUUUGUUGCUUUUUAAUGACGUAUAUGACAAAUGUACUGUAGCUUUUAAAUAGCCAUGCUGUAUCCAAAUGCUUUAAAGAUAUCAUUGCCUGACACACAUGCCCUGUGCCGCUGUGUGUGGACUUCGCUGUUACCAUAUCCAUCCUAUGCAUUGAAAAAUGCGUUGGUGAUUGGAAAACCUUUACUCCUACUGCUACCCCUCAGUUUGUUUGAAAGGUGUCUUAACUUGCACAGUAAGCAUUUUGUAAAAUGCUGUAGCCUGAAAUUAUGCUGAAAGCUAUGCUGCUUAUAAGAAUUUUAUUUGUCUUUAUUUCCAGAUAGUUUUAAUGACGUUGUUAGUUUAAAGUGUAAAUGUGUUCUGUACUGUGUUUUUUUUUUCUGUUUAUGCAAAGUUUGAAUGAUUGUUGUGGCUCUGACUGCUUAUUCUUUUUUUUAAGACUUUGCAACUGACCUG